UUCACUUCAAUUUUUCGUGUCCGAAUUAACCGACAACAAUAUACAGCGAAUGGCGAAACUUGAAGGCGACUCAUCUAAAAACGAAAGCAAUAAACUAAUUGACAGGAGGCUAUACAAGCCUAGUCCCGAUAUUUUCACAAAUUACGUAAAUCGAGCAGAAGGAUUUGGCACAUGGGUAGAAAAUAAUAUCGCCGACAUACCGAAGGAUGAAAUAGGCAGAAGAAACCAAUGGUACACACUUCCUUCUCCUUUGAACACCGAUGAUAAAGUUACAUCAAAAACUUCAAAGAAUAGUAGUCCCUGCAGUAGUAGAUGCAAUAGAAAUCAUACUCAACCAAGAAGGAAAAACUUAUUUAAAGGUUUUGUGAAGACCACUGUUGGUAUAACAGGGAAGGCUGUUUAUAAGAUGAUGAAAAUUAUUGGAAAACCAUUUCAAAAAACAACUGGCUUAACACAUCUUCCAGGGGCAACUGUCGCCCCAUUGGUUGAAUAUACAAGCCCAGAAAGAUUUGAGAAUGGACAUUCAUGCUUGUCAAGCGACAAUAGAAAUUUCCUAUACAAUUCUCCCACAGCACUGGAAUUUCCAUUUAACUAUGAACAAUUUUAUCAGAAUGCACUGGCUGCUAUGGAGCAGGAUCCUCAGUUAGUUAAAAUACAUCAUGAUUUGAUCUCCAAAGAUUUGCCAGAGGAAGUUUUCUGGAGAACUUACUGUUAUAGCGUGAAUUUAAUUAGCGACGUUAAAGCAUUAACUUUGAAUGAUGUUUUGAGUUCAAGAUAUGAGAAUCUAUCACAUGUUUCAGAAAAUAAGUAUUCAGAGAGAAAAGUAAAUGUUGAAGGAAAUACCGCAAUUAAUGUUGACGCAGUUGAUUAAUUAUAUUAAUUUUCUCAGUAAAAUUAUACAAAAAAAAUUAUAUAUACAUAUAUAUAUAUUUCUAAAUGAUUUACAUUAAAAUUAUGUGUACGUUACUUAUUGUAUUCAAUAUACAAGUUUU